AGAUGUGGCAAACUUUCAGCAGUCAGAUUUGUGCAUGUGAAUUGAGUCGGUGUGUGACCUCGGCAGAUGUGAAAAAAAUCCUGGACUCCGAAGGAAUGCAGUACAAGAGCUACAUUCUGCCUUCUGAAGUUGAUAUCACCGAAUGCUUUUCCGAAGAAUCAUGGCGGCAGAGACCAAGCAAACCAUGUAUGAGGGCAGCGAUGUCCAAAGUUUUCAGUUCUAUCUGCAACACUCGGGCGAGCAUGAAGCUAUUCUUCAAUUUCUCAUGAAGCACUUACCCGAGGAAUUCAAAAGAAUUGCAGCAAAUAAAAGCAGUCUUGGUGUUCUUGGUGUUGGAAGUGGUGGAGGUGAGGUGGAUGUCCAAAUGUUGUCUCUCCUGCAGUCUACUUGCUCCAGUCUACCCAUCACUGCUGACAUUGUUGAGGGAAGCACUGAAUUGGUUGCCAACUUUAAAGCAUUGGUAGCAGAGAACGAUAACCUUCAGAAGAUACCAUUCACAUGGCACGUCAUGCUCAGCGAAGAUUACAGAAAGCAAGUCAAAGACGUGAAGAAAUAUGACUUCAUUCACAUGAUUCAGAUGAUUUACUACGUUGACGAUGUGACAGAAACUAUCAGAUUUUACCACAACAUUCUGAACAAGAAUGGCAGGCUCAUGAUCAUUGUGGAAAAGGCCUCAUGUGGCUGGGACAUUCUCUGGAGGACUUUCUCAAAGGAGCUCUGCAAUGAGACCAUCCCUGUGUAUCGCUCAUCCCAAGACGUCUUAGCCUCCCUGAACACUCUGGGUCUGAAGUUCGAGGAGCAUUCCAUCCCCAACACUUUCGACAUCACCGAGUGCUUCGAUCCAAACAGCGAGACUGGAGAGCGUUUGCUUCGUUUCAUGACGGCCACCAACGAUUUCUCCCAAUCGUUCACACCACAAAUAAGAGCUGACAUACUGAAUCUUCUCAGAAGCAAGUGCAGCACUGAGAAAGAGGGCAAGAUAUAUUUCAACAGUGGUUUAAGCUUUAUAUUUGUUCAUGCCUAAAAUCUACAGUGAUAAACAUUAGUCAACUCACUUGAUGAGUAAAUAGACCUGUUGCUCAAAACAUGCACUUAAAUUGUUCAGUAAAAUCUUUCAAGCUAAGAGAAAUAGUUUUCAAAAAGUACAAAAGUAGCACACAAAAUAAAAGUAAUAAAAAUUAUGUGUCUUUGAUUUAACUUACAGUACUCAGAUUUAAACCCUUGCUUUUAAUCGGGGGUGUAUAGGAUAUGCGAGCAUCACAUUUUGGGUCACGUAGGCCAUAAUAUUAACAUUAAGUAUGCACGGAUGCAAGGGCGUAGGUUUGGUCUCAACAUUGGUAUAACAGCGAUAUAACAGCAUAACAUACAUGUACACUUUUUGCUGGCGAUGGGAGAGUAAUAAGACUAAACAGAUUGGGUGAACGGGGGUCAGGGCUACAUUUUUCACAAAUAUCAACCAAUUAAUUGAUAGGCUAAAAUAAAUAAUCAAUGCAAAAUAAAUCUGUAUUGACUUAUACUGACGUUCACGUGUAUUGGUUCAGGUGACACAACGUCCGAUUCAAACCUUUGUUUUCAAAAACUACUAAAGAAACAUCUUGAAAACUUCCAGAAAAAAUCCAGACAUUUAUAUUGCAGUAUUUGAACAUAAAUUACAUUAAGAUACACAAAUACAUGUUGUUAAUAAUCUCUUAAAUAUAAAGGAAUGCAAAAGAUAAGCAUUUGUCUUAAGACCACUCCACAUUAUCUGUCUGAAUAAAUCAAACUACGACAACUAAAAAAAAAACAUCUCAGCGUCUAAAAAUAAAUACCGGUAAAUAAAAAUGGAGCUUUCCUUCAGGUGAAACACUACUGCUCUUCAAUCAUGACUAUCUGAAAAAAUGUUUGCAUAGGCUGCGAAUAAAAAUAUUUUUAAAUAAAUAAUGCAGAAAAUAAAUUAAUACUUCUUAAAUAAAUACAAGUCAUCAGCAAAUCAAACGUGCGUUUGAAGGGGAAAAUGGACUGGCAUAUUCAGCAAGUGAAAAUGAGUAAAUGUAAGAACAUAAUAAAAAUAAUUCACUUAAUAAUGGUAGGGUCAAUUCUAUCCUUACAACAUAUGGUAAUAAUCUAAAUUACUCAUCUACUGUAACUGAACUCAUUAUAUAAUGCAAAUAAGGUCGCUUAAAAGUUGGUGGGGACAAUUUGAGCAUCCUGAAAUGUUGUUAGUGUUAUGUCUCAACCGUCCCUAUGCAAACCUACCCCCUUGCACGGAUGGCAUAAAUGACCCAACUUUUGAUGGCAGGUCUCAAAUAAGAUUAGAUUUAAAAUAUACUGUAUGUACAUUAUUAAUGAUCAUUGUGUUAAUAUGAUUUAUAAAUCGAAUGUAAAUUAGGAAAAUGUUCAUAAAAACACAAUUAAAAUGAAUCAAAAGAAAUAAGUUUUUUUUUUUUUUUUUAAAUUAAUAAUAUUAAGUGUUUCCCUUUUUUAUUGUUUUAUUUUGAAAAAAAUAAUAAAGGAAAAACAGCGAGACUAUUCACGAUCAACUCAUUGCUUACCUUGGAUAUUAAUAGACCUCCAAUCAAUUUAAACAGGAGGAUUGACUUUGAAUGCUCCCAUUUCAGUGCAUCGACAGCGCUAGCCUUCUCAUCAAUUUUCACUGGGAGAGGCUGGCAUCGAUCAUUCCCUGCCAACCUCUGCCAGCCAAACGGAUUGUACGUCUACCAUUGUCAAAGUGCAGAAACCUUUUCACCUAAAUCCCAACAGAUGGCAGUACAUUUGCAAGAAUGAAACAAUCUACACUUGUGUGCUUCAAUAAACUGUCCAACAGAGGGCACAAUUACUUAACCUUCACACAACAUAUACAACUAUAGGAGAAAACGCCAUUAUUAAAACACUAAUGAGCAUCAUAGUUAACCAAAAACAAACAGCUUUUUACAUACUAAUGUUAGUUAUUGACUUAGAACGGUAACAUUUAAGAUAUGAUAUCACUGCACACGCACACACAGAACACAUGUCAAGCUGCUCAGGUCUUGUCUCAGGCGAUCCAGUAAAUGUGUUCUGGCUGCUCAUUUACCUCAUUAGCUUUAAUAGAUCAGUAAUUGAAAUUCAUCAAAAAUUCUUGUCCAUGCACUCCCCCCGCACCUCCCACCUCCGUCCCCCACCGAUGUCAGUGGGUUUUCAGCACCUGUUCAGGCUUCAUUAAAGGAGGUCCUCACUGGGCCCUUGCACACUACCGAGUGACAGAGCAUUAGUCACUGGGAUAAUCAACCUCAACACAGUGGUGCUUAUUCUCUUUAAGAACUAUGCUACUUGGCGUCGUCUCACACAGAUCUGUUGAAAAUAUGGUAUUAUUAUACGCACGUUUUGUUGUUCUAAUUGCGCUAGUUACGAUAAAUUAGUACUAAAUCCAAUCCAUCCUCACCAUUCAUGUCAGAUGCUUACGUGCUAACAUACAGAGUUCGAAACAGCUUAAGGUGAAUUUCUUCAUCCGAAAAGAAGUCAACCUGCUUUGCUCCAUCUGGUCGGCAAUCAGAUGAACCUUCAGCCUCUGGCUCAGGCUAAUGAGCAAAAGCAAUCAUUAAUGUUUUUAUCUGAUGAGGUUUAUUUGAUGUAUUUUUCGUAUGCGUUCAAAUCAUCACUGAAAUUUUGCCUCAUUGUAUGGCUAAAGAGAAAGUAAAGGUCUCAAAAUCAUGACCAUUUGAACUAGCUAAAGAUAUCAAUUACAAGAGCUUUCUUAAAGGGUAAGACAUCUAGAUUAUGGGGGGAAAUAAUGUUCAACCCUUUUAUAGGCCACUCAUUGAACACAUUUUCUGCCAUUAAGGGCACUAGACGUCCAAUCCAUUUUGACUGUGAGAGCUAAGGAUGGCAGCAAGUGAUCUCUGCAACCCUACCAGUCAGAAUGAAUUUACGCCCAGUGCUGUCAAUCGCACAGAAAGAUGAGCAUUCACAGUGAGUUCUCCUCGUUUAAAUGAAUUUGAUAUCUUUCUCUCUAUCCUCCUAACCUUUUUCUGUACUUCUGUAUUUUCUAAGUAAGCAACACAAUAUAAACAACCACAAUGAGAGUAUGCCACACUCCUAUGUGGUACAUUAAAACUGCUUCAGCCUUUGAAGAGAUUUAGAUAUACUGUACGAUUCUCCGUUUCUCAACAGCAGGAAAAGACCCUCAAAAAGUGUUAUUGUGGGCCACAGCCAGAAUGGUUUAUAAUGUCUGUAAAAAAGAAAAUCAGUAAUGAUAAAUAAAUACAUUAAACAUAUACAGUGAGGAGCAAAAGUAUUUGCACCCCUUGUGAUUUUGCAUGUUCACCCACUUAGAAAAUACAUAGAGGUCUGAAAUUUCAAUCAUAGAUGCAUUUCCACUUAUAGAGACAUAAUCUAAAAAAAAAAAAUCCGGAAUCACAUUUUAUGAUUUUUCAAUAAUUUAUUUGUAAUUGACUGGGGUUCAUAAGUAUUUGCACCCCUGAGCAUAGACUUCAUAACGAUAUUGACGGCUCACAUCCAUCAUACACUGCGCCACGUCUUCAAGUAGGGGGCCUACCCAUAUCAAGAGGAGUUAUUCUCAAACACAUGAACACAGUGAUCUAACGCCGGAUUUAGGUUGAAAAUGUACGAAAGCUGUACCGCAUACAAACAGGAAAGAUUGUCUCGGGAGUGAUUUGUUCAAGGUUUUAAGGUAAUUGUAAUAUUUUUCAUAACAUGCAUGCCUUUUGAAACAUUGUGAAAAAAAAGCAAUGGAAGAAAUUAACUGCUACGGCAUUGGCGUAUAUUUACGUAAAAUAGAUUAUAACUGCACGGUUUUUUUUGUUGUUGUUUUUUUUUUUUUUUUUUUGCUUUUCACCAAGGAUCAAGACUUUUACGUCCAUAUCUAUAAAGAAUUCAGGGAUUUCAGCAUUUAUUCACAAGAAUUUUCAACGGAAAAAGCUAUGGGGUGUCAAGGUGGCGCUUCAGUGGCUUAAAGACUGGCAGCACAUUCGACAUAUUCACGUAAAAUAAAUGCUAACUGCCCGGUUCUUUGCUCUUUUAACAAAGAAUUAAUACUGUUUUACCUCCAUAUAUAUAAAGAAUUUGGGGAUUUAAGUAUUUAUUCACAAGAAUUUUCAUCGGAAAAAGCUGUUUGUUGUGAUAAGGCGGCACUACAGUGGCUUAAAGACUAACAGCACAUUCAACAUAUUUACGUAAAAUAAUUACUAAAUGCCUGGUUAUUUGUUCUUUUAACAAAGAAUUGAGACUGUUUUAUGUCCAAAGAUAUAUAUAUAUAUAAAUAUUAGGGGUGUCAAACGAUUAAAAUUUUUAAUCGAGUUAAUUACAGCUUAAAAAUUAAUUAAUCGUAAUUAAUCGCAAUCCAAACCAUCUCUAAAGUAUGCCAUAUUUUUCUGUAAAUUAUUUUUGGAAUGGAAAGAUAAGACACAAGACGGAUAUAUACAUACAACAUACUGUACAUGAGUGCUGUAUUUGUUUAUUAUAACAAUAAAUACACAAAUGGCAUUAUUAACAUUCUUUCUGUUUAAGUGAUCCAUGGAUAGUAAGACUUGUAGUUCAUAAAAGAUAAAUGUUAUAGUUACAAGUUAUAGAAAUUUUAUAUUAAAACCCCUCUUCAUAUUUUCGUUUUAAUAAAAUUUGUACGAUUUUCAAUCAAAAGUAGAGUUAAUAUAAUAAUAAUAAGAAUAAAAAUAACAAUAAUAAGAAUUGAGUGACCAAACUCUGAGUAAUGCCAGUUCACUUUGCAUUGUUGUUUAGCUGUGUGAGAAUAGGGCCUCAUUACUACAGACUGAAGUGCUUUUCUUUUUGUGAACAUUAUUUUUUUUGAGAGAUAGCAAUAUUAUUUUUCUUGUGCUUUCACUAAAUGAUACUUCUGUUUGUUGUGAAAGAGUUGCAGAAGCGUAUGCCAAUAAAAGGCGCAGCCCAAAGAACGCCUGUGUCCACUCGCCUUUAUAACAGAUAUAUCUCUGAGCAUAUCUUACCCAAAAUACAACAAAAGACACAUAAUUGCCACUAAAAGAAAGCAAACUUACAGAAAUAUAUGUGGAGCACAAAGCAACAGCAUAAACAUCUCACAACUACUAAUUCUCCCACUAUUAGAAGGAAUAACAUUAGUAUGGAACGGCGCUGCGCUUCCCCCAAGCAGCCGGUGGCAUUCUCUUCACUCUUAUUGUCCAUAAACGGCCUCAUUGAAAUCUGUUUGAGGCAAUGCGAGAGCGGCUCAUUCAGUGCAUGCGUUAAUUGCGUCAAAUUUUUUAACGUGAUUAAUUUUAAAAAUUAAUUAACGCCCGUUAACGCGAUAAUUUUGACAGCCCUAAUAUAUAUAUAUAUAUAUAUAUAUAAUAUAUAUAUAUAAGAAUUCUCGGAUUUACACAUUUAUUCACAAGAAUUUUCAACGGAAAAAGCUCUUUGUGGUGAUAAGGCUGCGCUACAGUGGCUUAAAAACUAGAAGCACAUUCGACAUUUUAUGUAAAAUAAAUGCUAACUGCCCUGUUUUUUUUUUUGCUUUUAACCAAGAAUCGAGGCUGUUUUACGUCCAUAUCUAUAAAGAAUUCAGGGAUUUAAGCGUUUAUUCACAAGAAUUUUCAACGGAAAAAGCUCUUUGUCUGUGUUUCGACUCUGUCAGCUUUGAAGGAUAUAGGCCCCCUAAUAAUCGGCCCUGUGCCCCGUGUCCCGUCAAAUAUCAUUAUGAAGUCUAUGCCCUGAGAAUCAGCAAUAAUUCUGACACUCAAAGAGUUGUCAGUCUAUCUUAAAAAAGUCUACCUUUACCCCAUGAGUAACUACCCACCACCCGUUUGAACUCGUUAGUGUCACAUGUGCACCCCACAGUCAGUUAUAAUCCAGCUGCUGUCACAAGCAAGACCAGAGAGCUUUCAGCUUUGCCAGGGACCAUCUGAAUGAUGCAGAGGGGUCAUGGGAGAAAGUCAUGUGGUCAGAUCAGACCAAAAUAGAGCUUUACCCGUCGUGUGUGGAGGAAAAAGAAGGAUGAGUACAAUCCCUAGAACAGCAUCCCCACUGUGAAGUAUGGGGUAUGGGCUGCUUUUCGGCAAAGGGGACAGGACGACUGUACUGUAUAAAGCAGAGGAUGAAUGGUGAAAUGUAUCGUCAGAUUUUGAGCCAAAACAUCCUUCCCUCAGUCAGAGACUUGAAGACGAGUCGUGGCUGGAUCAUACAACAUAACAAUGAUUCGAAGUGAAGGAAUUCGGCCUCCCAGCCAAGCCGCCAAGGUGACCAAGGAGUUGCUGCGUAAAAAGCAUAUCAAGGUUCUUGAGUGGCCUAGCCAGUCUCCAGACCUCAAUCCAAUAGAAAAUCUUUGGAUGGAGCUAAGACGUUGUGUUUCUCAUCAACAGCCCCGAAACCGGACAGAUCUAGAGAAGAUAUUUUUGGAGGAAUGGGCCAAAAUCCCUCUGAAGAACUACAGAAAGUAUUUGACCUCCGUAAUUACAAAGGCUUCUGCAAUAAAUAUUAGCACUGAUUUUCUCAGGUUUGCAAAUACUUAUUAACCCCAGUAAAUUACAAAUAAAUUAUUGAAAAAUCAUACAAUGUGGGUUUUCGGAUUUUUUUUUAGAUUGUCUCUAUAAGUGGAAAUGCAUCAAUGAUUGAAAUUUCAGACCUGUACCUAUUUUCUAAGUGGGUGAACUUGCAAAAGCACAAUG